AUGGGCAACGCUCCCGUCUCUGCCCAAACCCAGCUUGAUGUCGCCCAGAUGACCCGCCGCGUUGCGAGUCUGCAGCUACAGCGAUUGGAGAGUGGUCACUUUGAGCUCCAUACUGCCCAAGCCCCUCCAGAAAGCAUUGAUUUCACGCAAACAAGCCCCACUCCAAGCCCAAGCUGUUUGUUAGAACCCGCAUCAUCGGCCCAAUCUGAGACCCGCACCAGCCAGUGUGAUGCCACGAUCGCAGGCAAUGCGCGUCGCAAUGAAGCUCAGCGGACCGGUGAGCAGGACUCGACAAGACCGAUCUUGACACAGAUUCCUACCAUGUUGGCAUCGAGCCAGCAGGGUGCUGCGAUGAGUGGGCUUUGGCGGCGACGGCAGCAACGGCGAAACCUACUCGAGACCAACACCGUCAGCUCGGCCAGCGAGGAAGCUGAUGCAGAAGUAGAUGCUGCACCCCCAGCGCGUCGCGCCCGCCGUCUCCCACUGCACGCCCACCCCAACCCAGCUCUGGCCACCGGGCAGACAGCAGGGUUCGAGCCCAUCUCUGACAGUGAGUCAGACCUAUUUUGGUCCCCAAAUGAGCUUCAAACCGCCCGCGAUCAAGUGCUGCAAGCAGCUCAUGAGGCCGGCUUUCUACCAUCCUCGGGUGGAUCGCAUCCACAUUGGAAAUAUGUGCGCUGGAUCACCUGUGAUGCUGCCACACGUGCCAACACGGAGCGAAAUCGAUUCGUGGGCCCCGGCCUCGAGCAGGCGCGCUUGCAAAAGUUGCAACGCGGGUGGUCAGCAUCCUCCAUGUUCCACCCCACUAGCGACGCCAAAAUCAGCUCUGGGUCAUCCUCAGAGCAUCGCGCCUUACCGUGGUCGCCACGGACCCACAGCACCCCUUUCCUAAGCAAUGCCGACCUCACCUCCCCUGCAACCUCCCCGACGCCUUCCUGGAGCAGUGAGCAAGAUGGUUCGGCGUCCUCAGAGGGGGAGCUGCUGACAACUCUUGACCCAGCUGCUGCCAGCCCCACUCCGAGCGAAUUGGAGGCCACUUCGCCCUCUGGCUCCUCGUAUUUGGGAUCGUUUGAUGUUUUUGAUCCACCUCAAGACACUUUCAGGGCGUCACCCCAGCUUAAUGCCACGUCCAACCCCGUUGCCCAGAUGGAUGCUGCUGCUAUUCCCACAACUGCUGCUAAGCAUGCCCGUACUCGAUCCAUGAGUACGGGCGCCACCCCUCUGACCGCAGAGGAUCCGACGUCCUCACCGCAUGCUCUUGGUAGCAUAUGGCAAUCAAGUCCCUCUCCACCACGCCGCUUGACAUCUCCCAGCAAACCGGGCGGACCCACUAGCCCGAGCAGCAGUGCGUCGGAGGCUCGUGCCCAAAGCUCUGCUUCGCCCAAUCGAAGUCGUGCGGAUGAUGGGCAUCCCAGCUUGGCACAUCUCCUGCUCUUUCGCAAGAAGCGGGCCUCUCGCCGCGACUUACACCGCACCCGCUCGGCGCCGCAAGUGCAGCCACUCCCUCUCUCCCUCAGCCUUGCGCAGCGUGGUGUGUGGUUUCACCCCAGUGUGUACGAGCACGAUCUCCACAAGGUGGCACGUGGAUUGCAGGUGGCUGUCAUCCACCUGCCCGGUGAUGACCCGCGAGUGGGCAUAUUGCGCGAGAAAGUUGCACUGCUGGUGCAGGAUUACGAAUAUGCACGCCAGCGCUUAACUUUUCAGGCGCCCCGCCGCCGCUCAUUGCCUGAGCAGCUAAUUGCGGCUCCACGCGCCCGCGCGCAAAGCUUUGACUCGUCCAAUACAUCGGGUCUCCUGCCACUUUCACGCUCCACCAGCUGGGGCUCGUCGUGA